ACAGCUAAACGUGCAAAAAAAAUUGAACGUAAAAGACGUCAUAUGCAUGAAAUACUAUAUUAUGCACAUUUUUCAUCAUGGAGAAGACAUUUGCAUAAUAUUUGUAAUAGUAAAUAUUUCGAUUUAAUUAUUACUGCUGUUAGUGGUCUUAAUGUUGUUACUAUGUCAUUAGAAUUUUAUUUAAUCCAACCGAUUAUUGCUCUUGGAACAUUACGUUAUUUUAAAGACAAGGUCUUUUAUUUAUUUUUUCUUCUUUUCCUCAUAUUUACUGCACUUGGUGUUGAAUUAUUUGGAAAAUUAGAAUGUAGUGAAGAACGUUCAUGUACUGGACUUGAUAAACAUGCACAUUUUAAGGAUUUUGGUAUGGCUCUUUUAACAUUAUUUCGUAUUGCAACUGAUGAUAAUUGGAAAGGAAUAAUGAAAGUAACUCUUAGUCUUUUUCUUUAA